AUGCCGGUUCGCCCCUAUCUCUCUCACGGAAAACGGACUUCCGCUGGAGUUUUUACAGACGUAGACCCUGAAAUAACGGACAGCGACCUGCGGACACUCAUCAAAUCUACGGCCAAGAUAGUCGACAUUCAUCGUUUCGGCCGAUCACGGUGUGUUAAAGUAGUUUUUGAAGCCGACUAUGAUUGCAAACCAGGCUGCCCUAAUUGUGGCAAGGACCACAAGGCAGAUGACCCAACUUGUGAAGUGCGACGAGCCGCUGAUAAAGCGGUCAGAGAAGCGGCCUACCUGAAGCGUUUGAAACAACGAAAGGACGACAAGCAAAUGAAAACAGUCACCAUCGCAAGCCGAAGCCCAAGCCCAAAGCGCAACUCCGACAACACAUCGAGAGACAGAAGUAGCUCCAGAAGCCGUCAGCAGUCCAGAGGCCGCAGCCGCUCCAGAGGCAGGAGCCGAUCCAGGGGCCGCAGCCGAUCUAGGGGACGCGGCCAUUCCAGGGGCCGGGACCACUUCGAGGACCAAAGCCAGUCCGGCAGCAGUGGCCAGUCCGGGAGCGGCGGCCAGUCCGGGGACUGCAACCGGCUCGGUGGUGGCAGCCAGUCUCCGGAUCACAAUCAUUCCCGAGGUCAACAAGACGAGCGACCCGCAAACCAGCGAAACGUGAGUCAGUCACCCGGCACCUCCCCUUUUCCCCCCGUGACCUAUGCAUCUCAAGUUCAAACACGAGCUCACAAAGUAGCCAAAGAUUAUAAGAACGCUCUACUUCAAACCCGCAGACCUAAUGAAAUGUCAACACUAUCGUCACAAUCACUAGAGCCUACCGAAGGCAUGGACAUGCAAGCAGAGGCACACGCACCUGAAGUUACACCAUUGGGUGAUAUAGAGCAACCCUUAUCACAGGAAGCAGAACCAGCGUCAUUGCAACCGGCAAUGAAAAAGGCAAGAUACCACACAACAGCCCUACACCACCUUGAAGCAGAUUUUAAGCAACUAAGGGACGAAAUGAAAGAAAUGCAAACCAGUCUAGAGGCCAAGAUAGCUCAACAGGUUGCUGCUCAAGUUGAGGAGGCGCUAAAAACAUACACUCAACAAAUAAUGAGCCAAAUGCGCUCCCUGUUCAACGAGCUCCUCAGGAGCCAGGCAGAGGCGAUUGUCUCUACACAAGUGCAGGCUGCGAUGGCCGCAUUACCGCGCCAGGAAGAGCGCGAACUACCCAGAGCACGUCGAUCUACCAGCGUAACGCGACCCACUCCUUACCCUACAGCGGGCGCUCCGCAAAAUCAUCAGUAG